CACCAACCGUCUUUCCCUCGAAGUCUCCCACAAUGCUUAAAGUCUCUCAAGCCAGCCGCAUGUCCUGAAUCACAUCUCAAGCCAUCACACCCUCCCGGGCAGGCCCCAGUUAAUUCAUUCCUUUCGAGCGUCAACACAUGAACACACCUUCAGUAGUUAAAGCCUGCGGCUUGAUAUCUCUCCCAAACCAUCACUAAGACUUGGCCGCCAAGAUGAAACUCACCACCACCCUCACCACCCUCGUAAGCCUCGCCAGCCUCACCGCCGCCACCAAACCGUCAAGUAGUCGAACCACCACAGGCAUCACGGGCACCGCCUCUCCCGCUGCCAAAGCUCCACCCAUCCCGGAGGAUUUUAACCUGACACUGACAGACCGGAUCGGGUGUGUCACCGCCCAAAUCAGAACCGGCGGCGUCAGCAGCAAAGUCCUCGGCCGGCGCAUCGUGGACGUUGCUAGUGCAGGCGCUCCCUCAGGCUGUCGUACAGCACUGCCUGGCCCUGGCCCUGACAGGGACUUUACGGGCCUUUUCAAUGACGGGUUUGAGUCGUCUGCUGGGCAAGUCAGAUUGCACGCGGGCAAUGGCAAUGGCCAUGAAAACAUGAAGAGGGCUAAGCUCAGUAUAUCGUUCAAGAGUGGGGGUGAUGCGGAGGAGGGGAAUGAGGAUGAGAGGAGUACCAGCGCGUCAUCUAAACCGACUGCAAAGGCUAAGUCUGGCGCUGGCUUUGCAAAGGAUUUUAACAUUGGGCUGUUGAUGGUUGGCUUGGCCGGUGUUGGCGCUGGGUUUAUGGCUGCUUGACUCGCAGACAAGGGGUUGGGUUGCUUUUUUCUUUUCAGGGGUCAAUGGUGGUUGGUCACAUACGUUCGUUAACAUACCUAAGGUUGGAUGUGCAGGAUUGGAGAUGUAGGUUUCCUAGGUAGGUAAGGUACCUACAGGUAUGCAUUCAUUUCGGAACAGGCAGGGCGGGUUCACUGCAUUGUCGGCGUUGGGUCUUUACUGGACAUUCUCUUCAUCGGUGGUUCCUAGCA